AUGGCCUCGGAGUCUGAUGGCGAGAGAGUGGAUUUUCCAGAUCUUCCAGAACCUGAGCCCGAAGGUCCAGCUGUGCUUCAGAAGCUAUUCAAUGAGGUAGACGAUCGCCAGGACAAGCUUGUUGCGGUCAUCGUCACGAUAUCUGCAGACGUCUCAUACGAUGAGAACUUCCGGGAGGUGAGGCCGGAGACGGUACCAGGUGAGCGAGUUAGCACCUACUCGGUGAACUUGCAUGAUGCUGGACAGCUCUUGGAUCUUCUCACGGGUCGGCAGGCUGCGGAGCUGGGUUGGAGAGAGCUCUUGGACGACAUCAAUAGCGUAGCUGCAGACAGUGUUACCUUCAACUGGGAAUGCUGUGGGGCCUGCGGUCCUCAUGGCUUUGCCCGUGGACAAUUUGGUGGCCGACGCCGGGCACAAGUGGGACCAAGCGUGAACAUGCAACUGAUCAGCCAUGCAUUGCAGCGAGGCUUCACGGUGAUGUGUUCCGACUUCAGCCUCAAAGCAUUGCUGUCUGAGUGGUCGGAGGACUUGCUGGGUGCAAACCCUUUCGUCACUCUUCCGUGCCAGUGUGAUCGCCAAUUCCAGCUGGACUUCUUCCCAGAUCAGUUGAAACAUGAUGAGGUUCCCCAGCAGCUUCAAGUUGUCGGGGAGCUUUGUGCUGCAGAUGGAAAGGCUGUCGUUGCUGCAAUGAGCGAUACGAUCCUUUACACCGUGAAUCCUAGACGUCCGCAGACAGACGCGUAUCAGCUGCAGGUGCUCACAGUCGUUGACAAGUGGUCCGGCAGCGGGACUGUACCAGAAGCGAUGAAGUGUGAGAUCAACUACGACAGCUGCAGCAAGCGCGGGGUAGCUGGUCAUGUCACCCUCACGUACCCCUCCGGCGGCCAACUUGUCACCAGCAUGGGGCAUUGGAUUGAACUGACCCGCAUAAAUACCUCUGAGGAGGCACUCAUGCAGGCAGCAGCUCACAACUUUGGCCAGGAGGAAGUCUAUCAGCACAGGCAGGAAUUGCGUGAGUUGCGAACAGAAGCUGAACGGCAGGUGUGCCUUCAGAAGCUCAGCAAGCAAAUGAUACAAAAGUCCGUGCCUACGAGGAUGAAGGCACGAACGAAGUACUAG